UAUCAUCUCAUUACCAUUUCUUCGUUUUCUCCACCCCCUAAUAUAUUCCUGAGUUCUUGAUCACAAUCUCAGGUUUUCUUGAUAAAUCUGUCUGUUCUUUCAAGGUGAAAAUGGUUAUAGACUCAAGAAAGGUUGCGGUUUCACUCUUAGUGUCGUUGCUGUUGUUUGUCUCCGUAUCUUCUGAGAGAAAUGACGAUGGAACAUUCAGAGUUAGCUUGAAGAAACUGAAGCUGGAUCCUCACAAUCGACUUGCAGCACGUUUUGGUUCAAACCAAGAAAAGGCCUUAAAAUCUUCUUUGCGUUCGUACAGCAACAAUCUUGGUGGUGACUCUGGAGAUACUGACAUUGUAGCUCUCAAGAAUUACUUGGAUGCUCAGUACUAUGGUGAGAUUGCUAUAGGUACUCCACCGCAGAAGUUUACUGUCAUUUUUGAUACCGGAAGCUCUAAUCUUUGGGUACCAUCCGGGAAGUGUUUUUUCUCGCUUUCUUGUUUCUUUCAUGCCAAGUACAAGUCUUCACGUUCAAGCACCUAUAAGAAGAGUGGGAAAAGGGCUGCAAUCCAUUACGGCUCAGGAUCGAUCUCUGGUUUCUUUAGUUCUGAUGCUGUCACUGUUGGUGAUUUGGUUGUCAGAGAUCAGGAGUUUAUUGAGGCAACCAGUGAGCCAGGUUUAACAUUCCUGGUGGCUAAAUUUGAUGGUCUACUCGGUCUUGGAUUUCAAGAGAUUUCUGUUGGAAACGCCACUCCUGUUUGGUACAAUAUGCUCACUCAAGGCCUUAUCAAGAAGCCGGUGUUUUCAUUUUGGCUUAACCGUGAUCCAAAGAGUGAAGAAGGCGGUGAAAUUGUAUUCGGAGGUGUUGAUCCAAAGCAUUUCAGAGGAGAACAUACAUAUGUUCCUGUGACUCAAAGAGGCUACUGGCAGUUCGACAUGGGUGAGGUUCUUAUUGCUGGUGAAUCUACUGGAUACUGUGGAAGUGGUUGUUCCGCGAUAGCAGAUUCGGGAACAUCCUUACUUGCAGGGCCAACGGCUGUAAUUGCCAUGAUAAACAAAGCUAUUGGAGCAUCUGGAGUUGUUAGCCAGCAAUGCAAGACUGUUGUUGACCAAUAUGGACAAACUAUUUUGGAAUUACUUUUGGCUAAGACUCAACCAAAGAAGAUCUGCUCACAAAUUGGUCUUUGCACUUUCGAUGGCACCAAAGGGGUCAGUAUGGGGAUUGAGUCAGUGGUAGACAAGGAAACCGCCAAAUUAUCAAACGGUCUUCGAGGUGCGGGUUGUCCUGCAUGUGAAAUGGCGGUUGUGUGGAUACAGAGCCAGUUGAGGCAGAACAUGACUCAAGAGCGGAUUGUGAACUAUGUUAAUGAGAUGUGCGAGCGCAUGCCUAGUCCAAAUGGAGAGUCUGCAGUUGACUGCUCACAACUCUCUAAAAUGCCUACUGUUUCGUUCACCAUUGGAGGCAAAGUCUUUGACCUUGCUCCAGAAGAGUACAUACUAAAGAUUGGAGAAGGACCAGUGGCACAAUGCAUCAGCGGGUUUACCGCACUUGACAUCCCCCCACCUCGAGGACCUCUCUGGAUACUGGGAGAUGUGUUCAUGGGCAAAUACCACACGGUCUUUGACUUUGGGAACGAGCGGGUUGGGUUCGCAGAAGCUGUGUGAAAAAUGUAACAUCGGUUCGGUAUUCUGUUUUUGUGUGAGAGUUUAUUGUGUAAUGUUUAUAUGGAAAGGUUUUGUGAGUGAAGCCUCGUUAUUGUGAACAAUGUUUGAAGCUUUGAGGAUGUUUUCUUUCUAACUUGAUCAAUAAAAACCCUCUUUUAUAUAAUUUUACAACA